CAGUAAUGAGCUCAUCUCAGCGAUGUCAGGUUCGACGUUUGAGCCGAAGAUCAGAGCUCAGGAAUCAGCCACACAUAUCCACGAUUAGCGACACUGACCCAGAACGACUCAUAUUAGAGAUAAGAGCUCAUAUUAGAGACAGGAGCAGGACAGGUCAGGAGGAUCGGGGCGGAGUCUCGUCACAGAUAAAUGACUGCGUUCAUAAUUUAAGAACCAUCGCCUCAGAGCAUCCAAAUCAGGACUCAUUCCAAGACACCGACUCAGCUGAGAGGAUUUUAUAUACUUGAGAUUAGAAUGGGUCCAGAGGAAAGCGCGUGUUUUCUGAGCAGCAUCAGGACCUCUCGAGCCGUGCCUGCAGGAGCUGUGCUCGGUGCAUGUGCUCUGACACACACCUCCCUCUGCGACAGCAUCGCGUUCAUUGCCUGCAAGUGCGCGGACAGACGAGACACCGCCUGUGUGCUGCAGAUGGAUCCAUCAGUGUCAAGCAGAUAUCUGCAGAUGAUUCAGUCAGCCAGGAAUGCAGAGGAGCAAAAUCUAGAGGCAUAUAUGAAGAACGGACAUCUGGUUUUCAGAGCCAUAAAAGAUAUUCCUGAAAACACUGAGCUUUUAGUCUGGUAUGGGAGAGAUCUAGCCAAACUGCUUGGCCUCAGCACAGAGCAAAAGAACACAAAAGGUUUGAAUAAAAUCACCAUCCCAGAAAUUCAUAGUCGCAAACCUGCCACAGACUUCCACAAUUUAGCACGAGAGCUGGAGAACUGCAGGAAAAAUCGUCCCACAGAUGCAAAGAGCCCUAAAAGAAGACGUUCUCUUGAAUCAGACACAGACGAGAGCGAUGGCGAACCGUUAUCUUUGGACACCCUUGGAAACAAAAAGCCAAUCACUAUGCCAUGA